AUGGUUUUACAAAAAGAUGAAGAUUAUGUGAAUUUUCAACCUGGUGGAACACAUAUAAAAAAAACAAUCGAACCAGAAUGCACAGAGGAAGACCAAAAAGAAAAUAAAAAGGGUGGAAGAUGGAAUACCGUUCGUAAACUUGUGACCAGUGCAAGUCAACAUAUUAAUAGUUCACAAAUGUUGAGGUUAUCUAGCAUUUUCUCUAUAUUAGCUCAACGUCAUAAAAAUGUUAUUACAGCUGGUGAUAUACUGCUCGUUAUGAGAGCAUUAGGUGAUGCAUUAACAGAAGCUGAACUACAUGAUUUGAUCUUUGAGUUAGAUGUUGAUCGAGAUGGGAAAUUAGAUUUUUCAGAACUGUGCGCUUUUGUUGUUGAACGAAUAUACAAGAAGAAAUUAGACCAUGAUUUUGAAGAAUUAUUUCGAAUACUAGAUCAAGAUGGUGAUGGAACACUGUCAAAAGAUGAUUUACGCAGUAUUUUACGCUAUUUUGAACUGGACUUCAGCGAUGAAAUAAUUGAUGAUAUUGUGAAGGAAAUUACUGGGUCUGAAAAUAACCUUAUUACCUAUUCAGAUUUGUUUAAGUUUAUCAUAGAUUCAGACAAGGAGUUUACUAUUACUGAAAUCUUGAACAAUCCUUUAUAA